UGUUGUGUUUGAAUAAUAAAACUAAAAUGAAUUUCAUCGAACAAUCACUGAAAGGCAAAACAAGGAGAUUAAGUUUUUCUAUUUUUAAUGACUUCAAUACGAAGACUGCUAUCGCAGUUUGGAGCACUGAAGAAUUCGACUUUCCGUACAACCUUUUGUGUCUUGUUAAUAUAAUAACCCUUUAUAACCGUGUACAAUUUCACUUGUUUCGCGGUCUUCAAUCGACAUACAUCUGACAUUAACAGUGACAAAUUAAAAUGAGAAUACUAUUGAUAUUGGCUCUUCUUUUAUGUAAGUCACUAUUUGAAAUUUUAAACCGGUUUGGAUAUUAUGACCUUAACACAAAAGUCAUAUUACAGAUAACAUCAUUGCAUUAGCAACGAGACCUAACUAUGAUUAUGAAGACGAUAUUAACAAAAGACUUAUAAGUGAAAGGAGAAAUUCAAGACAAAAGGCUUUAUUGAAAUCAGACGACCAUAAAGACUGGGAUACUCGACGACGGUUUGAAUAUGACCGAUUCCUUGACGAUUCUGACGUUAAGAGCCAUACUGGUGUCGAUAGAAUUAGAGAAGCCGAAUCAUAUCGACAACACUAUGAAGAUCCUGAUAAAUGGAACAACGGCGCGACGAAAAGUAUGGAAAUGACACACGCCGCAAUAUUUUCGGAAAAAGACCAGGAAAAGAAGUACCCGUUUGUAAUGAAUUGUGAGAGACCUCAUGAAAGGUACGAAGCGUGCUUCGCUGGCUGUGCUUCAGUAACCUGCGACAACCCCCGAGACCGACUGCGGCCGUGCUACCCUUUCUGCGAACCUGGUUGCAUUUGCGUUCACCCCUAUGUGAGAGAUGAUCGGACACACAAAUGCGUCUUGCCUGAAGAUUGUACCAAGGGCUUAAAAGGUAUUCCUGAUCUUGGUGACGACCGGUAGAAAUGAAAUGACCAUAUGCAUACAUAUAUAUGUUAUAAUCUAUUUUUGUUAAAUAAACUUUUUUACUACUGCA